UGUCUGUCACCCACUCACUGCCUCAAUGCGGAUACCUGUACACGCUGCCUCAUGGGCAUUCAACUCGACCUUGCCAGGCGUGCCUUACGUACCCAUGACUGACUGGAGUAAACCCAGGUGGCCUUGUCCUGCACCGUCCCUUUCGUUUACCUACCUACCUAGGCUCAGCCUACCUCCCCAGUUACCUACCUACCUACCUACUUACCGGUUUUCUUAGCUUACAUACCUACCUACUCCAAGGACCGACCGGCCUACAUCCACCACCUUCGCUCUGUCCCAGCACUUCCACCUUCCCAUAAACGCACACGCACACGCAUACGCACGCAUCCCACCACUCGUUGCGGCAACACCUUUGCAUUCACGCACGACUGCCAUUUCUUGUCGAGUCGCCCAACUUUCUAGCUUCACCACAACUCACAACAACAACAAAAAGUCGACAUAAUAUACCUAAGCGAUCGACCGAGGCUCGCCUUCUUCCUCGGCUAACGGUCAACGUAGAGCAUCCGCAGCCGCUCGCAGCAUCUGCCCAACAUGUUCCGAGCUGCCGCAGCUGGUCCCUUUGAUGAGGGCGUCGCCAAGGCCACCGACGAGAAUUUGACCUCGGAAGACUGGGGAGCUAUCAUCGAGGUCUGCGAUCGCGUAGGCAGCGACCAGAAUGGGCCCAAGGAUGUUGUCCAGGCCAUGAUCAAGCGUCUUGCGCACCGCAACGCCAAUGUGCAGCUCUACACACUCGAGCUCGCAAACGCCCUCAGCCAGAACUGCGGCAAGAACAUGCACCGUGAGCUCUCCAGCCGGGCCUUCACCGAUGCCAUGUUGAAACUCGCAAACGACCGCAACACCCACAACCAGGUCAAGGCCAAGAUCCUCGAGCGCAUGAAGGAGUGGUCCGACAUGUUCAGCAAAGACCCCGACCUCGGCAUCAUGUACGACGCAUAUUUCCGGCUGAAGCAGAGCAACCCGACCCUGCAGGCUCCCUCGGCGCCCCAGAAGACGGGCCUGACGGAGGUGGAUCGUCAGAAGGAGGACGAUGAGCUGCAGAUGGCGUUGAAGUUGUCGUUGCAAGAAGAGGAGAGGAAGAAGGCACCUGCUGCGUCCAACGCUGCCGCUUCGUCAUCUCCCGCUGCCCCAGGUUCGUCGGCGCAAGCUGCCCAGCCGCAGGUUCAAUCAACACCCGUGCCCGCAGGGACGACAGCUGCUACAGUAUCGAGGGUGCGAGCACUGUAUGACUUCGUCCCCACGGAACCAGGCGAGUUGGAGUUCAAAAAGGGCGAUGUCAUUGCCGUUCUCGAGUCCGUCUACAAGGAUUGGUGGCGCGGCUCGCUCAAGGGAAAGACGGGCAUUUUCCCCCUCAACUACGUCGAGAAGCUCACGGAUCCGACCCCGGACGAGUUGGCGCGCGAGGCCCAGAUGGAGGCCGAGGUGUUUGCGGAGAUCAAAAACGUCGAGAAGCUCCUCACGUUGUUGAGCACGUCAAACCCGGCGCCGAGAGAGGAGGAUAACGAAGAGAUCUCGAAACUUUACCACCAGACGCUAGCCAUCAGACCCAAGCUGAUCAAACUCAUUGAGAAGUACUCGCAGAAAAAGGAUGACUUCACGCAGUUGAACGAAAAGUUUAUCAAGGCUCGCCGCGACUAUGAGUCUCUGCUGGAAUCCUCCAUGUCGCACCCUCCUCAGCCUAGCUACCACCAAUACGCGACGAGACCGGGCCCUGGCGGAUACUCGGGCGGACCGGGAGCAGGCUAUCCUCCUCAGGGUCCUCCUCAGGGACUUCCCCAGCAGCAACAGCAGCCACCGCAGGAGCAGAGAUACUACACUCCUGCACCCCAAGACCAACCGCAAUACCCCCAGUCCACACCGUCGCCGAAUUUCCAGCGUCCCGCCCAGGCCACGCCUGCUCCGUUUUACGUAGCUGGUGCAGAGGUCCCAUCGGCAGGCAUCGCGCCUCACAACCAGCCGCAUCAGCAUCCCCCGCGUGACCAACGACAUGCGUCCACCGGAAAAGCCCAGGUGCCGCCGAUCAACACCUCGCCUACGCCGCCAGUCAACGCGUAUUCUGCCUACACUGUGCCUCCAAAUCAGAGACCUCAGAGCACCUAUGGCGCCCAGGAGCUGGCGACUUCAGUCUACGACUCGCCCAUUGCUAGUCACAACCCAAACUCUGCCGCGACGUACACAUCAUCUGUCUACUCCCAAGAUGACUCGUAUAACACCAGCAGCCCUAUCGUAGGCACCUCGACCGUGCCUGCGCCAUCUUCUUUCCAACCGUCAGCACCGCCAGCCGGACAACCCUCUCAACCAACCCAUCAACCACAGUACCAUAGCUACCAGCCACCGGGGGCACAAAGUCAGGACAACUACAACAACGCCCCGACUCAGGCGCCGCCCCCUGUGCCAACUGGGGCAGCUCCAGCUCCGCCCAUAUCUGGUCCCGGACGGCCUGAAGUCUUGACGCCGCCUCCUCUGCAGCCGGGCGGCGCUUCGUAUGACUCGCGACAGGGUCUGCCUAGCCAGAGCCCAUCGCAACCGCAGUACCGGGCUUACGUGCCGCCAGGCCCUUCCACUGACGGGCCGAGUGCACCGCCAGCGGCGGACUACUAUCGACAGAGCGGCGUGUACUAGAUGGCGACGCAAUGACCGGAGAGCGACUGAACACCUCAACCCCCGAUCGAGGACCUGUCUUCGUCAUGGUCAACAGUAACCCACUGGAAAACAUUAGGUGUCGACGGGCCAAGUUCAAGUCGUGACCUGGCGUUGGUAAACGGCCAAGGGGACGUUGGGUAGAAGGGAGGCUAUCUGAUUGAUUGGUAACAAACAUUCAUUUCCGGAUGCUAGCGGGAUCGUUUACUUUUUUCUUCAUUCAUCCUUCCUUGGGGACAUUUAGCACAUUCGCCUUCGCUUUACCCCUUGCAGUCUUGUAUUGUGUAGUUGCUAGCCUGACGCGCACUCUGAAGAUCUUCAUACCCAAUAUGAAUAGGCAGACAAACUCGGUUUGUUGGUCGGGGGCGGCGCACUCCGUGACAGAAGGAAGCCAAUGUUGGGGAGGUUAUAUAAUAUACC